UAUAAGACUUCUGCCUGUCUUCAAGGCACCAUGAAUGCCAUCGUUGCCCUCUGUCACUUCUGCAAACUCCAUGGCCCCCGCACUCUCUUUUGCACGGAAGUUCUACAUGCCCCUCUACCCCAGGGUGCCGGGAAUGGGGACAGUCCAGGCCAAGGGGAGCAAGCUGAAGAGGAGGAGGGUGGCAUCCAGAUGAGCAGCCGGGUCCGUGCCCACAGCCCAGCUGAGGGGGCCAGCGCAUAAUCCAGCAGUCCAGGGCCCAAAAAGUCGGACAUGUGUGAGGGCUGCCGGUCCCUUGCUGCUGGGCACUCAGGCUAUAUCAGCCACGAUAAAGAGACCUCGAUUAAGUACGUUAGUCACCAACAUCCAAACCACCCACAGCUGUUCAGCAUUGUCCGUCAAGCCUGUGUGCGGAGCCUGAGCUGCGAGUUGUGCCCUGGCCGUGAAGGUCUCAUCUUCUUUGGGGACGAACAGCAAGGUUUUGUGUUCAGCCACACUUUCUUCAUCAAGGACAGCUUGGCCAGGGGCUUCCAGCGCUGGUAUAGCAUCAUUGCCAUCAUGAUGGACCGAAUUUACCUCAUCAACUCCUGGCCCUUCCUAUUGGGGAAGAUCCGUGGGGUCACUGAUGAGCUCCAGGGCAAGGCUCUCAAGGUGUUUGAGGCCGAGCAGUUUGGGUGCCCACAGCGAGCCCAGAGGAUGAACACAGCAUUUACGCCCUUCCUGCACCAAAGGAAUGGCAAUGCUGCCCGCUCACUGACUUCCUUGACCAGCGAUGACAACCUGUGGGCAUGUCUUCACACUUCCUUUGCCUGGCUUCUGAAAGCAUGUGGCAGCCGGCUGACUGAGAAACUUCUGGAGGGUGCACCAGCAGAGGACACCUUGGUCCAGAUGGAGAAGCUUGCUGACUUAGAAGAGGAGUCAGAAAGCUGGGACAACUCUGGGGUUGAAGAGGAGGAGAAAGCCCCUGUGCUUCCAGAAGGUGCGGAAGGGCAGGACCUGACCACAAGCCGGACAGAUUCAUCCUUACUCGACUGUGGGAGCUGGCAGUCCCGAAAGCUGUCAGUGUUCAAGUCUCUUCGGCACAUGAGACAGAUCCUAGGUGCUCCCUAUUUUCGCAUGUUGGCCUGGCACGUUCUCAUGGGGAACCAGGUGAUCUGGAAAGGCAGAGCUGUGGACCUGGUCCAGUCAGCAUUUGAAGUUCUUCGGACCAUGCUGCCUGUGGGCUGUGUCCGCAUCAUCCCAUAUAGCGGCCAGUACCAGGAAGCUUAUCGGUGCAACUUCCUGGGGCUCAGCCCGAAUGUGCAGAUCCCUUCCCUUGUGCUGGCUUCAGAGUUCGCAGUUGUCGAGGUGCACACAGCCAUGCGCUCCACACUGCACCCACUCGGGUGCGAGGAUGACCAGUCCCUCAGCAAGUAUGAGUUUGUGGUGACUAGUGGGAGCCCUGUGGCUGCUGACCGAGUUGGUCCCACCAUCCUGAAUAAGAUCGAAGCAGCUCUGAUCAACCAGAACCUGUCUGUGGAUGUAGUGGACCAGUGCCUCGUCUGCCUUAAGGAGGAGUGGAUGAACAAAGUUAAGGUCCUCUUUAAAUUCACCAAGGUGGACAGUCGCCCCAAGGAGGACACACAGAAGCUCCUGAGUGUCCUUGGUGCCUCUGAGGAGGACAACGUCAAGCUGCUGAAAUUCUGGAUGACAGGCUUGAGCAAAACAUACAAGUCACACCUCAUGUCCAGGGUCCGCAGCCCCACGGCCUCUGAGUCUCGUAACUAACCCUCAUGGGAGUUGGUCUCCAUGUUCUCCUUCUAGAAAAUGGUCCUGCCAGUGCAUGGACUGUCCUCCAGCUCCUGACAGGAGGGACUACUGUUGAGUUUCUAAACUGCUGUGAUGGAGCCAUGUCCUGUCAGGGAAUGGAAACUGCUGGGGGCUCUACCCUCUAUUUGGGACUCGUGGCAUGAUUCUUAGCACCAUCCCAUAGCUGUUGAGUCGUCCCCCCUGAAGAAGGCAGUGGAGACCUGUGGACAACGGGACCAUCUGUACUGUGUGCCCACGAGGGACACUGUUAGGAGGACUCGUAUCUCAUGCUUUUCAAGGAUCAAGAUCUCAGAACUGGCAGGAGAAAUGUGGUGCCAGGCCUGGCUCUGGUAUUUCAGCUGCAAUAACGUGUCGUCUCUGGGGGGUUAGCAGUGCACCUUUCCAUUUUGAAAUGCAACAAGAUUUCCUGGGAUUCGUGUGUGAGUGUACAUUUUGCUCUGUUUUUGAAUAGUC